GUGUGUGUGUGUGUGUGUGUGUGUGUGUGUGUGUGUGUGUGUGUGUGUGUGUGUGUGUGUGCGCAUGAACAGAGACUGUCCACCAAGGUUUAUCCUCUGUGAGUUUGACUCGAUCCAGACCAGCAGCCCCACCAUGGCAGACCAGUACCAGUACAACGCCAACGAGGAGAAGAUUGUGAAGGACAGCCACACUAAAGAGAUCGAUCUAAUCAACAGAGACCCCAAGCAGAUCAAUGAGGACGUGGUGAAGGUGGAGUUUGAGGAUGUGAUUGCAGAGCCUGAUGGGACACACAGCAUGGAUGGAGUGUGGAAGCUCAGCUACACCACCUUCACCGUGUCAAAGUACUGGUGCUACCGUGUCUUAUCCGCCGUCUUUGGAAUCCCAGUGGCUCUGCUGUGGGGCUUCCUGUUCGCCUGCAUCUCCUUCUGCCACAUCUGGGCCGUGGUUCCCUGCAUCAAGAGCUGUGUGAUUGAGUCCCAGUGCCUCAGCCGCAUCUACUCCCUCUGCAUUCAGACCUUCUGUGAUCCCUUCUUUGAAGCUCUGGGCAAGGUUUUCAGUAGUGUGCGUGUAGCUCUGCGCAAAGAAGCCUAAGAACUCCUGCAGCAAGGUUUAAAGAGUGAUCAGAUGGGGUGUGGUGUCUUUUUAUACAUCAAACCAGUCCUGACUCAUCCUCCUCCCACUGCAGCACACUGUUUCUCCACCCUCCUGACUUCCACUCAGAGAUCUGAAGCCUGACGCGCCCACCGUGCAUUCUGCUACCAGAAGCGCUGUGACAGCUGCAGCAGGCGGUGUGGUGACAGCUCCGGUACUUCCAGGCCUUCCUCACUGAGGAAGAGAAGGCCGAGUGUCACCAGAAGACUCUGAGUGUUCACGGUUCAUAGUUUACCCCAAAAGCUACUCACUCAAGAGAAGAAAGAUCUCAUAAUGCUCGUGUGGAUGAUGGCAGCUGCAUGCAUUAACCUCUGUAAGUUUAGAGCUUGUUCUGAUGUUAAUCACCUUUAUUUUAUGAAUGAAAUAGAUUGAAUUUGUCUCACUUUGCUUCUAGAGUUUCUAUAAAACAUUACCUGAUAAAACUGAUGAGUUUCUGCAACAACAGCGAGCCGCACAGGUGAUCUUUGUCCUUUCGGUGUGAUCAGUAGAGUUUUAAAACACCCUCUAGGUUGAGAUUUGCACCUGCAAGCAAUUACGUAACCGCUGAUGGAAUAAUGUAAAACGUAGUUUUACAGUGUUGACUUGAAUAAAGUAAUAUAAAAUGUUAAGUGAAUAUCUCCAAAAAACACAAGAAAUUAAACAAAAAUGCUAAAAAUGGCAUUCAGUACGAACUGUGUGGUGUUUGGAUGAAGCACCUCCAUCCUGGAAGCUCUGCUCGGUGAGUUGUGACCCUAGAGGAUGCUGUUGUGUAUCUUUGAAGUGCCUUUAUCUUUUAAACGCUUGUUGUAACUCUGCUGUUUUAUUUCCCUCACAGCUUCAGACAGUCCGUUUAUAUUCUGCUCAGGAAAAGACACACUCUGUUCAAGUUUGGAUUUCUAUUAAAAUAACAUCAAUAAAGAAGCAAAAGCUGUG